UGGUUAUGGAAAAAAUCUUUACAAUUAUUAUAGAAUUUUUUCACUUUUGAUAAUACCAUUAGAAUAUAAUACAUUUUUUUAAUUUUGUUUGUCAAAUUUGAAAGACUUAUGCUUUAUAUUUUUUAUUUUCCUGCACUUAUGUUUCACUUAGCGAGGCAAAAAAUAUUGUUUACCUUUAUUUAAUUCAUCACUGUGACGGCAUUCGGACUUUAGAUAAAGAUAACAUGCUUGCUUUAACUUGUACAAUCGUGUGCACCUUAACUGCACUGACAUUGAACUGUUAUAAAAACCUUGUUAGUCGCUAUAUAAAACAAAAUUAAAUUUAUAUACAUCUAGUAACAGACAUGCGUUUAAAACGAAACCUAUCGUUUCAGUUGGUAAUUCUUUUGAUAAUUGGAUUAGGUGUUGGUUUUACAUUAUAUAUUAGGUUCAAAACUAAACAUUCUUUUUCAUGUAAUGAUAUGUAUUCAGAUGAAGUUAUGGGACAAAUUCUUUCCGAAAACUUAUCUGAUAUAAACAAUGCUCUUUGCAAAUUGACUGGAAUAUUUCAUCCAAUAUUUCCUAACAGGAGUACGUAUUCUGUUGAGACUAUUUUCAAGAGGACGCCACACAUGUUUCACAACUGCUUGAAGAAUCCAUGUUUUUAUCAAAGAUAUUGGGUGACAAUCGAGAAUGAAAGAAAGAAUGUGAAAAGAUUGCGAUGUCUUCCUUACUUCUAUAUAAUUGGAUUUCCAAAAUGUGGCACCACUGAUUUAUGGGAGAGACUUAUUCGACAUCCUCAAAUUGUUGCAAAACAUAAGAAAGAAUCACAUUAUAUAGACGAUAAACGUUUCAUAAAACAGUGGACAUUUGAAGAUUAUUUGAAAUAUUUUUCGUAUACGUCAAAUGAAAUAGCAAAGCAAUGUGAAGCACAACAAAUAAACACCGAUGCCAAAUGCAAUAUUAUUACAGGUGAAGCUACUGCUAACACAGCUGCAGUCAACGACCUGUGGAAUCUAUUACCGGAAAAUAAGGGAUGUACGGAACCAAGAUUUACAAAUCCUGACUACCUAUAUAGCAUUAAUCCAGAUAUGAAGUUGAUUGCUUUGAUCCGCGAUCCAGUCGAAAGACUGUGGUCGGAUUACCAUUACCUUGCAAAAUAUUUUAAAUACAAUACAAGUCGUGAAGACUUUCAUGAGAAUGCUGUUAAAGCCAUUGACGCAUACAAAGAUUGCUUGAAAUAUUUUUCACCAAGGGGAUGUGCCUAUAAUGAAUCAAUCGGAUCAAUUCAGAUGAGACUUCGUAUGGCACUUUAUGACAUACACAUCACUGAUUGGUUGAGAGUGUUUCCAAGACAACAACUAUUGAUCAUUCGUACCGAAGAAUACAGAAACAAUACAGCAGGCGUGCUACGCCGUGUUUUUAAACAUUUGAAUAUUGAUUAUCCGUCCACGAUGUUCUUUGAGCAGAUGUUAAUGAUGCCUAAGGAAAAUGUCAACCAUGUAGUUGUUGACAUGGCAAAUACAACUAGACAGAUGCUGUAUGCAUUUUACAAAGACUCCUACACGAAUGUCAGGACAAUCCUUCAAGACCCACAGUUUGUACUGCAUAUGCCAAGGGGAUGAUGGGUCCGCAAUAUAACAAUAGAUAUGUCUGUGCAUUUUUUUUCGAUAGCAUGGGUUCUCAUAACCUGCAAUGAGUUUUGUCUCGAUUUUGUCGUACCUACAUGCGUUCAAGAACAAAUCAUCGUUUGUAAUUACCUUAGAAUUGACAAAUAUUUUCAACCUGUAUAUGGCAGGUUAGUCGUUGUUCGUGUUAUCGCGACCUAACUUCAAGCGGAAUUAAAAAGAUAUUUCCAGUUAAUGCUUAACCUUUGACAUCGUUUCGCUAAAGAAAUCUCUAGCUAUUGCAAUAACGUUGUUAAAUGUUUUGAAGCAUUAUGCGAAGUUACUCAGCCAAUUUGGUUUGUACAUUUGUUCUAUAUGACAUUUCUAACAGAGUAAUAUAUUACUCAUGUUAUAUGUAA